AGGGAAUGAGCCAAUGAGCUAAGAAAACAGAUAUAAAUCUCGCACCUUCAAUCUUAUUUUGUGUGGCUUUCUCCGUGCCAAACCCAUAUCAAAAAUCCUAUCUUUUCGAUCGAAACUACAGACGGUAAUUGGGAUAUGGAAGGAGGGGAGGAAGGAAAAGAAAAUUGAAAAACGAAAAGAAAACCCUAAUCCUAAUCUAUCAUUUCCAGCACUUCGGCAUCUGUGUAUUUGUUGGUAGAAACAAAAGGUUACGUCCAUGGAUUCAAAGGCUUCUGUCCCGCUUUACGCAACAGAGGAGGCCCCAUUACCAGCGGAGACAUCCCAGCAACACCACCACCCACCAGUUAAGGUCUCUCUAUCCCGCUCACCAGGUAUCCGAGCUCCUCCUUUUUAUUUUGAUAUAGAAAAUGAUGAAGAUAAUGUUGGUGAUAAGAAAAGCAAUGGUAGUAGCGUUAGCAGUCGCAGUACCGAAGGUAGUUAUGAGUCCGAGGGCUUCGUGAGCGGUGAGGACGAGUUCGAAACCGCUUCAGAGAGGCCAUUUAUUGCAGACCCAGAUGAAGAAGCUAUAGAAGUGGCUAUGGAGGGGGAAGACGCUGGCAUCUCUUUCGUUAGGGAUGGCCAAGUGGAAGAGGUGACUGUCCCUUUUUUCCAAUCUGCUUUGGGUUCUUCGAGUUUCUCGCCUCCGAAGACUGUGAUGCCUAUUGCGAAGCCAUCGAGGGAGGACGAUGACGUCGAGGAUGAGGGGUUGGUGAGCGAGGUGGAGGACGAUGGAGUUUCGGGCGUUGCUAGAGUUCCUUCUAGCGAGGAAUUACAGGGGUCUGGUGGCAUGGUAGAAACUCCAACUCCAAAAGUAAAGGUUUUAGGGGAUGAGGGAGGAGAAGAAGAUGAAUCUUCUUUGGGGAGGGAUUCUGCCCCUUCUGAAGGAUUGACUUCGGGUUUUGUCCAAUCGGGACUGGGCAGGGAUGGGGUUCCUGAACCACUUGGAGUUGCUGGCAAUGAUUCUGAGACUAUUGAAGAAGGCAGCGGCACUGAAAACCCUAAACCUGAAGCUGGGGUUUUGGAUUCUGCAGAGAAAGAACCUACGGGAGAAGCAAAUUCAGUUUCGGAUGAAUUGGGUGAGGACCAGGUUCCCAUCAGUACAAAUUCUUGUGUUGAGGAUUCAGCCGCAAGUGAACAAGAUAACUUGCCAGAAAGUGCGAAGUUGAACGAGGAUGCAAACCCUGCAGGCCAAGGAAGCCCUGUACCUGAAAAGCACGAGUUAGAAGGGACCGAAUUGAAAGAUAUUUUGGAGGAAAAUAAAAAUGAUGCUUUGGGUGGCAGUUACACUGUUGAAGUGCAUUCUUCAAUUGAAGGCGAAUUUUCUGUUGAUUCUAAGCAGAACUCUAAUGUAAUUGCAAAAAACCCGAGUUUGGAUGGUGAAGCUGAUCAAUCAGUCCCUGUCAUCGAAGAAUCUGUAGAUUCAAAUUUCAUCAAGGCAGAUAAUACGAAUUCUGUCACUGGUGGAGAUUUGGUUGUUGAAACCAGACAACCCAUUUUGCUAGGUUCAGAAUCUGGUGUUGUUGGAGACAAAGAGGAAAAUGAUGCUUCUGAAGUUAAAAUUGUAGAGCAACCGGUGGGUCCAGAAUCUGGUGUUGUUGGAGAUAAAGAGGAAAAUGAAGCUUCUGAAACUGAAGUGGUGGAGCGACUGUUGGACUCAGAAUCUUGUGUUGAUGGACACACAGAAGAAUACAAGGCUUCUGAAACUGAAGGGGUGGAGCGACUGCUGGGUUCAGAAUCUGGUGUUGUUGGAGAUAAUGGAGACUACAAGGCUUCUAAAACCGAAGAAGUGGAACAACCAGCAGAGAAAAGUGUCAGAUUGGGUACUGGAUCUGAUCAAUCCAGUCAUGUUGUUGAAGAACCUAUUCUUUCCAAGUUGAUUGAGGCAGAUACUGGUGUUGCAAAGAUAGAGGAAGUCAAUGCUGUUGAACAUGAAGCAGCAACCAACCCUGUCCAUGAGGCCAAGGAACUAGGAUCACUUGAACCAAUAACCAACAAGGCGGGAGUGGUGGAAGUUGAUGUUUUGGACACCGGAUCUACUUCUGUUGAUACUAUAAUGGCUGUAUCUGCAGAUGUCCACGAAGGGGAAAGGGAUGGUGCUGGUGCUGAUGAAAGUAUUUGUCUAGAUGAAGAUGAAAACACUGGGAUAUCUGAACUUGAAAGUGAGCAACAGACUGCUGCUUCAGGAGCUGAUGCAGAUGAAUCCACCCUGGACUCAGCUAUUAAUGGAGUUGCUAUUAAUUCCACUGGGCCUGUUGCGGAGGAGUCCAAGCAUUUAGAAAAUGGCGAUGCCUCCAUAGCUGCUCAAGGUUAUGAAUUGGAAGAUGGGAUCUCUAGCAAAUUAAACAGACCUCAAUCCAUGGUACCGGUUUCCAUCCUAGACCCAGAAAUAAAGCAGGAAGCUGAAGUUCAAGACCUAGAAGGAGGAGAUGAUGAUGAAGGACCAGUUUCAGAUGAAGAAGCUGAAGGUGUGAUGUUUGGAAGCUCUGAAGCUGCCAAACGGAUCAUGGAGUUGGUGCAAGGAACAGGCACUGGUUCUCACUUUAGUUCUGAAAGCUUCCUUGAUCAUUCUCAGAGAAUUGAUGGACAGAUUGCUACGGACUCAGAUGAAGAAGUGGAAACUGAUGAGGAGUCUGAUGGGAAAGAAUUAUUUGAUUCUGCUGCCUUGGCUGCUCUUCUGAAAGCAGCAACUAAUGCAGGGUCAGAUGGUGGCAGUAUUACAAUUACCUCAUCAGACGGUUCCAGGCUUUUCUCUGUUGAGCGUCCUGCUGGUUUGGGAUCCUCAAUAAGGUCUCUGAAGCCUGAUUCCCGACCAAAUCGUCCCAGCAUUUUUACUCCUUCAGGCCUCACAGCUGAGGGGGAAUCGGAGGACAAUUUGAGUGAAGAAGAAAAGAAGAAGCUGGAGCAGUUGCAACUCAUUAGAGUGAAAUUCUUGAGGCUUGUCCAGAGGCUAGGCCAUUCUCCUGAAGACUCCAUUGUGUCACAGGUUCUAUACCGGAUGGUUCUAGCUGCAGGAAGGCGAACUGGUCAAGUAUUUAAUCUGGAAGCUGCCAAGACGACAGCAAUGCAGAUGGAAGCAGAGGGCAAAGAUGAUCUGAUCUUCUCUUUGAACAUCCUAGUACUUGGAAAAACUGGAGUAGGCAAGAGUGCAACCAUCAACUCAAUUUUUGGUGAAAAGAUGUCUGUUAUUGAUGCAUUUGAACCUGCCACAACUACAGUGAAGGAGAUUGUCAGAUCAGUAGAUGGAGUUAAGAUCCGGAUCAUUGACACUCCUGGUCUCAGACCUUCUGUGAUGGAACAAUCUUUUAACAGGAAAGUCCUAUCAUCUAUAAAGAAGUUCACCAAGAAAUGCCCCCCAGAUAUUGUCCUUUAUGUAGACCGGCUAGACACCCAGACCAGAGAUCUUAAUGAUCUGCCAUUAUUAAGAUCAAUUACUAGUUCUCUUGGCUCAUCAGUAUGGCGCAGUGCCAUUGUCACUUUGACCCAUGCUGCUUCAGCACCCCCAGAUGGGCCAUCUGGGUCCCCCUUGAGCUAUGAGGUUUUUGUUGCUCAACGUUCCCACGUUGUACAGCAGUGCAUUGGGCAAGCAGUAGGUGAUCUUCGUCUAAUGAAUCCAAGUUUGAUGAAUCCAGUGUCUCUUGUUGAAAACCACCCUGCAUGCAGAAAGAACAGAGAAGGUCAACGAGUUCUUCCCAAUGGUCAAAGUUGGAGGCCCCAGUUAUUGCUCUUAUGCUACUCUAUGAAGAUCUUAUCUGAAGUGAGUUCCUUGUCGAAGCCUCAGGAUCCAUUUGACCAGAGGAAGCUUUUUGGCUUCCGCAUCCGCUCACCACCUCUACCCUAUUUGUUGUCUUCACUGUUGCAGUCCCGUGCCCACCCAAAGCUAUCUGCUGAUCAGGGUGGUGAGAAUGGUGAUUCUGAUGUUGACUUGGGGGAUUUGUCUGAUUCUGACCAAGAAGAAGAAGAGGAUGAAUAUGACCAGCUCCCACCGUUCAAACCACUGAGGAAAGCUCAGGUUGCUAAUCUCAGCAAGGAGCAGAGGAAGGCAUAUUUUGAUGAGUAUGAUUAUCGGGUAAAGCUUCUACAGAAGAAACAAUGGAAAGAAGAGGUUAAAAGAAUGAAGGAGAUGAAGAAAGGCAAGGCUAGUGAUGAUGAUUAUGGCUAUAUGGGUGAAGAUGUGGAUCAGGAAAAUGGAAGUCCCUCAGCUGUGCCAGUUCCAUUGCCUGACAUGGUCCUGCCACCUUCAUUUGAUGGAGAUAACCCAGCUUACAGGUAUCGGUUCUUGGAACCAACAUCACAGCUUCUAGCAAGGCCAGUUCUAGACACACAUGGGUGGGACCAUGAUUCUGGGUAUGAUGGUGUAAGCCUUGAACAGAAUCUUGCAAUCGCUGGUCAGUUUCCAGCAGGGGUUGCUGUUCAAAUCACCAAGGAUAAGAAGGAAUUCAACAUCCAUUUGGAUUCUUCAGUUUCAGCCAAACAUGGGGAGAACGGGUCAACUCUAGCAGGCUUUGACAUCCAGACCAUUGGAAAACAGCUUGCAUACAUCCUCAGGGGUGAGACAAAAUUUAAAAAUAUGAAGAAGAACAAGACUACAGCUGGGAUAUCUGUUACUUUAUUAGGUGAAAAUGUGGCCACUGGACUCAAAAUUGAGGAUCAGAUUGCAAUUGGAAACCGCCUGGUUUUGGUUGGGAGCACUGGGGCAGUUCGAUCUCAAGGUGAUGUGGCAUAUGGUGCCAAUUUAGAGGCCCGCUUGAGGGAGAAGGAUUUUCCAAUCGGUCAAGACCAGUCCACUUUGGGGCUUUCUCUGAUGAAAUGGAGGGGGGACCUGGCACUGGGGGCUAAUCUGCAGUCUCAGUUCUCUGUUGGAAGUAACUCAAAGAUGGCUGUUCGUGUAGGAUUGAACAACAAGCUAAGUGGGCAGAUAACAGUUAGGACAAGCACUUCAGAGCAGCUUCAGAUUGCACUCAUGGGUAUUCUUCCAAUUGCCACUGCAAUCUUCAGGACCAUCUGGCCAGCUAAUGAGACAUACUCAGCAUACUAGAUCUUAUUUCCUUCUUUUAUAGUCACUGGUCUACUUCAGGAGGUUAUCUUAAGAUAGAUUAAAAACAAAGUAUGGUUUAGUCAUUUAUGUCUUUCUUUAUUUCCCUGUAGUAAUGCUUCAUUAUAUUUGUUAGAACUCCUGUUAUUUACAUUUGAUCUUAUUAGGCAUGAUGGAUUGUAGCGAAAAUGAGGUGGAACCAAGAGGGCAUUGAAUAACAAUAUUCGACAUUUGAUGAGCUUAUCUAUUGCAA